AUGGGGAGACGAGGAGAAGCAAACAAGGAGCAACAACAGCAUCAGCGGCUUCGAUGUCGAACGAAUGUGGUUGAUUACAGCAUAAUGAACGGAACUUGGGGGCCAAUCAUCUCCGACUUCAAUGCAGUAGAUCGAAAUCUUCACAACAACUCAUCGCCUGUACGUGAGAGGCAAGUGCCUGAAAGGCGAAGCGACGGGAAGGGGAAGAAACCUGUAUCCAAUGCUGCAAACAAAGAUGUCAAGCCAGCAGCAGGGAAGGCAAGACACACCAAGACUUUUACAAAGCCUGAGAAGAAGCAAUUGACGGGAAAUCGGCUCCUGGCAAAGAAGCGCCUCAAAGAGGCACCAGACCACUCCAACGGCGACCCCACGUUAGAGAAUAGUGGACAUCGUGCUCUCCGCAUACGGAACCGCAUCAAGACGAGACUAACGAAUGCAAGGUACUUUCAAACGAUGUUGGACGCGUAUGAGCAAGACGGCUGGGGCCCAUCAUCGCAUCGCAAACUGAAGCCAACGGAGGAGCUCAAGAAGAGCUCUGAGAGUCUCAUUCAUGCUAAGAAGGAGAUCAAAGAAUUGCUGAAGCAGAUGGAUCCUGCUAGCAACGAGCUCGCGCAGAAAGAGACCAGGAUAGACGAGCGUGAGUAUGAGGCAGAAGGUCUUGCCUUCGAGAAGAUCGUUUGCUCCAUUUGUGGUACAGGCGACGCUCGUCGUGGAAACGAUAUUCUUUUGUGCGAUUACUCGGAGUGCAAUCGGGCAUUCCAUCAGAAGUGUCACCACCCUCAAGUGACGGAGCUUCCACAUGAUGAUGAAGACUGGUUCUGCACGCACUGUCUCUGCUACACAGACUGCAUUGAAGCAGUGAAUGAGCUCUUCGGUACACAUUACACGACGUGGGAGAAAAUGUUCCCUGAGUUGGAAGAAAAUGCAUCGAAUGAGUUGUCAUCGGAGGAAUACAACUCUCAAGAGGACGAUGAUUACGAUCCUGACAUGGACGAAAUUUUGUCUGACGACAACAAAUCUGUUCACUCUGAGAGUGUUUCUGAAGAGCAUUCGGACGACGAAGACUCCGAUAAAUCUACCGACGAGCCAGAAUCGACCACAAAGAGUGAGAACUGA